AUGUCUGAGUUGCAAUUGCCGAAUGUCUCAUCUCAAAAUUAUACCAAUCGAACAACUGCAUUUCAGUUUUUACAAAUUGCUCAAAUCUUUUUUUCCCUACCAUCUUUCCUUUCAAUAAUUUUGAAUUCCGCGAUACUUAAUUCCAUUUAUUUUAGUAAAGAACUGUCUAAGUCACCGACAUAUUAUUUAAUUGGCAACAUGGUUAUAUCUGAUAUAGCAACUGCUAGUCUAUUUAUGACCUUACCAAUAGUAACGGUAUUUUCCUUGCCAUAUGCAGUGGUAGAUGCUAUCUGUCGCAUUUUAUCUUUAGUAACCGGCAUAUCUUUUAUGGCGUCAGUAUUAAGCUUAACUUCAAUCAGCAUCGACCGUUACUUAUCAAUUUUAAAACCAAUGUUAUUGGCAUCACGAACUAAAAAAUUAAAGAUGUUUAAGAUUGUUAUCGUUUUCAUAUGGUUACUCAGUAUAACCGCAUCGCUGCCCUUCAUUUAUUUAACUGGUGCUCUACCAGGACCGACAAAUUCUUGCGCUCUUAUGCAUCGUGGCAGAAUUGGUUUAAUUUUUUACUUGCUUAUAACAAUAAUUCUGUACAUUGUUCCAUUGGCUAUUAUGAGUAUCUUAUAUUUUAAAAUAUACCAAUUUCUACUUCAGCGAUAUAAAGAAGAAUCAUCAAAAGAACCUGGCGAAGUGAAAACUAAAACUUUUCUUGAUAACGCAAAACGGAAAUCAUUGAUCAGAACAUUAAUUAUCGUUACUGUAGUAUUUGCCCUAAUGACUUGGCCAUUUUUUGCUAUGACUUUGGGAAUGUCUAUUACUGGAAUUGGGAUUGAUGAUCUUGAAAGGGAAAGUUUAUUCUUGUUCAUUUUAUGCACAUUUGCUGUAUCCUUUACUGUGUGCACACCGGUUGUCAAUCCACUGCUGCUGAUAAAGUAUGAUAAAAAUAUACGCAGUCGAUCGUCAAUUCUUUAUAAUCGUAUUAGAAGAAGAAUCUCGCGUCAUAAUAAAAUCACUAACACAUAUACUUCUCAAACUCAAGGAUCAUCAACUCCAUAA